GAGCGGCCCCGACUAGCAUCGUUUGGUCCUUCGGUUGUGCAGUCAGUCGGCUGGCAGACUUUGCACGAGCAAGAACUUAGACCGUGACUGGGCGCCUCCCACGAGGCGUCAGUUUACGAAAUUGUGUGUGCGUGUGUUUUUUUUAAACGAAAACAAAAUAAAAGCGUAUAAACGUAUGAGAAUACGGGCGAAUGUGAGGAUCAUUCGAUAUCGGGCGGACUUUUGAAAAAUUACGGUGCCGAAACAACGAUCAAUCCAAGUGCAGGCAUCAAGAAAAAAGCACAUCGGAAUAAUCGCAAUUGAACGACAGGGUUGGUUGAUAUCUUUGAUUUAUUUGUCAACGAGAGUCAAGAAUUUCGGUCGAGCCACCGAGUGAAACAAUUAAAAUAACGGAGUCUCAAAAAAAUUUGUGUUUCCAGCACACUUGAAGCCUCCUGUCAAGCUACGACGAUCCAAAGAUCGUUCUUAGUACCUGCUGCUUAAAAUACAAGAGCGUAGAGAGGCGAGGGCGAGUUUUGACGAAAGGGAUCGGUGCCCUCGAUCGUUGAAUCCGUGCUGCGAUCCCGACUAGACCCGCGCUCUCGAGAGAUUAUUUUUUCUCUUUCAUUUUUCAUAGAUCACUGGCCCUCGAUGCGAGCCCCGAGAUUUUCUCUGUAUCAUCGGUAACAACGCGGGUGUGUGUGUUUUCCCGGUGACACCGUUUCGACGUACUGAAGCAACAUAACUAUAUUUACUCGAAUGUGGAUCGCGCAAUAUUCGGUCGUUGAUCGAAGCGCCAAAUAAAAAGAGCGUGCGAACGCAGAUGAUGCGGCUAUCGGUUUUGCAACGCGAUAAACAAAGUGGAAAAUAAAGGCCUACGUCCCCGGCUCAGUGCGUUGAACUCCAUUUUAAAACUAAAUAGACCUGCUCACAAUAUUUUUUUUAUUUAAAAAACAAAUAAUUACACGUUUUCUACAAUUAAUAACGAGAUAAUAAAUCAAAGACUUUGUUUUCUUGCAAAUAUACGACGACAGAAGUUCGUUGUUUUUUAAAAUCAGGUGAAAAUCCUCGGAAAUAACACUUUCCUUGUUUCCACAUUUAUGGUGUCAAAAAAAUAACUGACUCCAAUAAUUGAAGUAUCUUCUGAGGAUAAAACGUAAAAAGUGUUUAAUAAUCACUGUAAAAAGUGUGCUCAAUCAAUCAUUGAUAACUUGGAUUCAUUCGAACUUGUUUCAACCCAUCGAUACGAAAACUCGCAACAGGGAGUCUCAAGAGUGCGCGCGUCCGACUCAUAGAACAAAGAACUAACGUUAAGUUGGAGAAAAGUGGGUUGUACUGAGCACUGAGCCACGGAGCGUAUAGUCACACCUCGGUAGAAAGGAAGGAAGGGAGAGAGAAAAGUGGACGAGGAAGGGACGAGGUGAAACGAGAAAAAAUCUUGAGCGUCUGAACGAGACCUGUUGUUGGCCACGGAAACAGGUUCGAUACGCUGUCCAUGACGAAGGGAAACUUGUUUUCAAUAAUUGCAACGUGAAUCUCAACGAAUUUAGUGAGGUGAUAAAUAGUCGUCCAUUUGAACAAACGAAAAAAUCGGAUUUCGGAACAAUUAUCAACUCCGUGAUAAUUCUUACAGAUUUUUUAAUUUAACACGAUUCGAAGGAACAGACGAAGUGGAAAAAAAAGUGAAAUUCCACCUUUGAAAAAAUAGAAUUUAGCGAAGAAUUGAAUUUUAGAAAAACCGUGUUGAAGUGCUCGUGGUUAGAAGUUGCGACAGGUAAUUCUAAAGCGCGGCAAAAAUUCCGUCUAUUAUGCGGAAAGUGGCCGAGAUAUUGAAGACCCGAGCGAUCAGCUGACUAACCGAGCUGUUCGGUGAGCGCUCUGACGGCCGGAUAACUAUAAAUGCCCACGGUGAAAGAACGGACAAGUCCAAGGAUCCCAAGAGUCAUCCUGCUUGCUCGGUCAUGACGUUCAGCACGUCUUUUCACAGUGAAAAGUCACCGAGUCAUCCGAUCGCCCUCGAGUCAGCGAAUCGGCCCAACACGGUAUCCGUCGAGGAAGGAAUGCUGACUGGCGGUCUUGGCUCUAAAUUAAAAUGUCCAACCCCAAUAUCGAGACUGAGGGUCGAAAAGAUCGAGGGUGGUCUAAUGGUUGCGGGCGUCGUGAUUGCCGCAAACUGCCAGAUUGCUCUGCCGGCCUUCGGCUUUCUAUUCAUGCUCGUCGGUGCUGUUCUAACCGCCGCAUCGUAUCGAGGACCGGGCGAGGACGAGGACAAAGAUUCGUACGCGGCGAGAAUCGCUUUUACCGGAAACUCGCGGAUCCUGGGACCGAUUUGCAUUGUCGUUGGUGCACUCAUGCUCGGCCUCGGUGUGCUGUUGUGCAUGCUCACGAGACGAGCGAGACGAAGAGAACGACUAGUUGGAUUUCAUUGUCCCCUUCACGGUGACUUUUAUCCAUUGAGUCCCGUCCAAGGUAUCAAAAUGCUCGGGACGCCAGGUAAAGACGUGGGUCGUUGGCCGAAGAUUCCCUGUCUGAGGGGUCGCUCGAACAGCAAGGGUGGCAUCAAUGGUACGAGGAGUUCGCAUAUGGGUCCACCACCAAAGUGUCCCCUCUCGGUGCUGAGCAGCACGAGAAGUUCGGUCAGCAGUUCACCCCUCAGCCCCUGCCCAACGCCGAUGCCAUUCCUCGUGACGUCAAACUCUGUCAGCGGGAUGGUGCAAAGCGUGGGAGCAAAUCUAUCGCCAGAUCAAACUUUCGGUUCGAUAAGAUCGCUCUCGGUGACGAGGGAAGUCGCGAGUUUCCCACUUUCGCGGACCCCAACACCGCCGCCGCAGCACAGGCCCGUAGUAACUACGAGUCCGGAAGAUCUCGCGGGCAUCGAGAGUCCCUUGAGAGACGCCUCUCCGAGACCGGAAGUGCGGGUCGUAGCACCUUCGCAUCGUCAACCACUGGCGGUCACGAGUUCCGGUGGCAACGGUUCGAGCGUGAAUCAAGCAAAUCGUAAAUCCGUCAGCAUAUUGUUGCCGGAUCACUCGAUCGGAUGACCCCAGCACGGCUUCGUGCAUCGUUGCGAAGAGGCUCCCCUUUCCAUUUGAGAUACGAACAAAAAUACAGAACACUAAAAUACUCCCCCAUCAUCUCUCCGCCUUCAUAAGUGGCAUCGAAAUCGCCGCGAUCGAUCACUUGAAGCCUCUCCAAAUCUUCAACCAAUUAUCUCGUGCCGAAGAUACGAAAAAACGUCUGACAAUCCACGCAGCGACGGGGAAAAACGGUGGGAAAAAAUGUUCCGAAAACUACGUCCGUUCGACGGUAGCGAUGAACGGAAAUGUCGGUAAAUUGCGCGGAGAACUCUCACAAAAAUCCAGUAAAUACGGUGACAACGACCACAAAACAACAAUUCAUUUUAGUAUGCUCAGCGGAUUUUCGUUCAUUUGCUUUGCUUUUUACGAUCGUGGAUUUACGCGCGGAAUAUUGGAAAUUACAAAUACGAGAGUUAUCGACACAACGAUUUUCCGGGGAAAAAUGAUUGAAAUCUCAGCUUGAAAAAAAAAAGAAAACUCGGCAAAUACAAUCCUGCUCUCACAUCAGUUACGCAGUGCCACAUAGAAUUAUUGAUAGAACGAAUAAAAAAAAUCCAUCCCCACGAAAUUACUGCGGCAGAAGCAUCCACGGCAAUCUACCGAGUGGAUAAUUGAUUUUUUUAUUUCAUCUUCUUACGAAUUGUCACAAUGCCAAUGAUUGACCCAGAUUCGGGGGAGGCUCUGAGAAAAUGUCAAUGUUCAACGAUUUAUCGCUUGUUUUAUCUUUGUUUCUCCGGUAGUAAGUGGUCGAAGCUCGGCUCGGAGGAGGUGAAUUAGUGAUGGGUGAGAUUUGGCUGGCACGGAGGUGCUCGAUAAUUGAACCGAUCGAUGAAAAAGUACAGCUGAAACUGAACGCUUAUUCUUGCUUUAUUUUUUUCCGGAUAAACCCAUCAAUCUCAUUUCGAUUCUGAGGAGCUAUAUCGUCGAGUUUUAGAGCGAUUUUGCUUCGUUAAAGAUGAAAAAAAAAGAUAGAAAAGCACGACGAGCCACCACCUUCGCCUCGCGGCGCUCCUCGAUCCUUCGAUUUCCAAAGGUUCGGUUUCAUCGAACAAGGAACUCUAGAAAUCUGCUCAGCUUCGUCCCCUAGUGAAACUUGAAGCGACAGCGAGUUGGCGCUAGGUCGACUCGACAGGAUCGAGUGCUCAGAAUACAGGGAAAAAUAUUCUUCUUCUUCGUCUCUUACUUUCGUUAGGAAAAUGGAGAACGAGCAGGUAGCGAGUGCGGAAUAAUUUAUAUUUUACAAUUCGCUAAUAAAGAUGACGAAACAAAAAGGGAUGAAAUAACAUGCGUCGAUACAAAGCCACGAAAUGUCUUUUCGAUAUUAGCACCGAUCGAACGACGAAUAAACAUUGGAGGAAGUUACCGAGGAGAAAUACGACCGAAGACAAUCCAUCUGAUCGAAGCAGUGGUUUCAAUUUAUUCAAAUCGUCGAUGAUAUGACGUGUAGAAGUUAAAAUAAAAACAAGGAAAAAUAAGACACUGCAAAAGUAGGAGAAGAAAAUGUAGCUGCGAGACAAUACGGACGAGCGGAAGUCGUGCAUUUCGUUGAUCAACAGCCUCAGGAAUCGAGGAAAUCCUUUCCGCAUGGCCUCGAACGUAGUUGAAUACGCAUAACUCCCGCGUCUUUUUAGCCAGCGCGCGCGCUCAAUCAGGAGUUUCAUCAUCGGAAUACAACGCAUCGACGCGAUCACAGAAAAAAAAGUUAAAUAGAAUUAUCUUGGACAUUCCACAAAAGAGCGCGAUAAAGAGAGUUGAGAAAAGUGUCGGGUGUUUUUGAACGUGUGACAACUCGAAUCGCACCAACUCUCGGGAACUUAACGAGAAUCGUUGAACGAACGAACUUUUCCAAAUCGUUGCCCAGUAAACGGGAAAAUUCACGGUUCUGCGAAGGACGACGAAGCAAGAGAAAGAAAAAAGAGCGUUAUCGAUACCGGAGGGAUUGUAAAUCAUUAUUUGUCCCCCGCAAUUAGUAAGACUCGUGCAAAGCAGAGCAAUGGGAAGAACGGGCAGGAUUCUUCACUGGUAUGAGAUAACGCGGUCUGCUCACUAAUGGAAUGGAACAACGAGAGGAAAAAAACGUCGUUCCUCUGUGUAAGAAAAGCUGCUGGAGAGACUAAAAGCUUCGAGAAGAAUAAUGGAUGGGUGCUGCUGGGAAAGCAUUUAAAAACAAAAGACAAGGGCAAUGGUGAAAUUUAUUUAGGAGAAUAAUGAACGCCUGUCAACGGUGUGGAAAAAGAUAAGGCAAGUUUUACACCGAGCGACCAGACUUGCUUGAAAAAUACAGUCGACAAAUAAUGCUCGAUGAAAUAUUUCGAUAUUAACCUUCGAGAUAUAUAAGAAUGGGAUUUACGAAUAUGAACAGAAAAAAGAAAAGAAAAAGGGGUUAGGGACGAAGGGAUAAACGGUGACAGGAAGAUGGGCGCUAAUUGGAUAUACCAGCUAUUAAAAAUUCAGGCUUAAGUUACAUUUUUAGAUACUCCAUGUUUCGUAUUAUGCUCAUUCGAUCUUCUGAUCUUUCUCUCUUUAAUUUUCGAACUCAACGAUCUACGCUCAUUUUAUCAGUUUUCAUAUUCAAUCGUGUAAAUUAAUCGAAAUUUAUUGUUUCUUUUUGCUCUUCGUAGGUCAUAUAGACGACUGAAUAUUUUAAUUUUAAUCGUAUUUUAUAUUUGAUGCAUGAGCUUGGUAUAAACGUCCAUGCGAAUGUGCAAUCGUUCUCGCUUUGUUUUAUUAAUUUACCAUGUUUUUUUACGAGUUUCGUCGACUUGAGAAGGUCUCUGGAUUAUCGAGGGAAAGAUGAGUGAAGGAUCAUUUUAGAAUUAAGAUUUCCUAGUCCUGUAAAUAUACGUAAGCUAGAUAGACGCGAGAAUGUUAUUGAUAAAGAGGGAUUAAUCGUAUAUGAAUGGAAAAUCGAGACAAGAAUCAGCAUUGUUUGGCAAAAUUUGCUAAUUUUUUACCUUUUUCAAUUCAAUGCCACACAUUUUUAGGCGCACGAAUUGCCAGAUUAUUAGAAGCAAACGAAUAUCGAAAGAUUAAUAAUUUAAGAGAAUCUCAUGAUUCGAGAAACACGGAAAUAGCAAAUAUUGUUUUUUUCCGUUUUUCAAUUAUCAGCUUGAAAAAAAAAUAAAAAAUAAAAAAAACAAACAAUGUCAAGAACCGGUUCCAAAUGACGAGUGAAUAAACUCAAAUUCCGAAUUCGUCACUCCAGUCAUCGAACUUGUACGAAAAUCAAUUGGAAAAUGUGACUUUUCAUAUCAGCUUAAAGGCCAUGAAUAGGGUAAACGUUGGUACUUUAGGUGUUUUUUUCUUUAUUUUAUAAACAAAAAUCGGUUGGAUGAAUUUGAAUAAAACCUUGUACAGAUCUCUUACAUACUCAGAAGUACUGGAAAAAAUUUUUUUUUCAAUUUUUUUCAUGGUUUUUUUUGUACAAUGGUGCGUUGAAUAUGACACUUCUUGAAUCGGCGUUGAAAGCAAAUCUCAGCAAUGGAACAUCUCAGGACAAAAAACCAAAAAGAUUCUUAAAAUAUACGCUAUUAGCUGUCGCAUGACGCAGGGGAUUUUCAAAAUAUUGUUUAGAAAAAAAAUGCCGACCAUUUGAACAAAAAUGUCACAAUUUUUGUGCAUUUCUCAUUAGAAAAUUGUUUAUAAAAGAAGGAGGAAAAAAAGUUAUCAAAAAACGGCUACGUCAUGCCGAAAACAUACGUUUUCCCUACUAAAUACAAUUUGAAUCAAGUCAAGGGGUGCCAUUUCCAACGCACCGUUAUAUAAAAAUAUACCAUAAAAAAAAAAAAAAAAAUCCAGUACUUCUGAGUAUGUAAAAGAUGUGUACAAGGUUUCAUGUAAAUCCACCGAACCAAUUUUUAUUUAUAAAAUAAACGAAAAAAUUACCUAAAAUCCGAACGUUUGUACUGUUCAUAGCCCUUAAAAACCCACAUCGAUCAAUCAUCGAUCGAUGGGCUACCGUUAACAAAAUCAUUUAAAAAAUGCCUACGAAAUUUGAAUUGCUUGGAAAAGAAAAGAAACUACGAAAAUAAAAGAAAAUACGAAAGAAAAAAAAAAUGAAACGAAUUUACAGCUCGUUCGUAAUCAUUUUGUUUUUAUUUAUAUUUUAUCUCGGCAUAAAAGCCUUAGAUGAGUAUCGACACUGAAUUAUUGAUCGUUGGAUACCGGCAUAUUUGGACAAUAUAAAAUAAUACGAGUUAUAGAAUCGUCUAUAUAGAAUACGUAUCAUCGAGGAAACUCGUACGUAGCUCAAUCGCUAGUGAUUCGAAUAAAAAGUUGAAGAAAGAAAAAACAAUAAAGAAAAAUUCAUUCGCCGAGGAGAAGGAGCCGCGACGAAGAUUGAGAUAAACAUUAAGACAUGAGAAGAACCCAUCGAUGAUAACGUUGUUAGGUGAUUUUUGAGGUGUGCCAAAAACGAAGAAAAAAAAUAUCGUUAGAGAUGUACUAUUAUGGAACGAAUGAACGAAUUUAAAAAUAAUAAUAAUAAUAAUAAUAAAAAACUAAAACUAAAAUCGUUUUGCAAAAUAUCGAAAAAAAAGUUGCGAUCACAGAGGCUUUUUUUUAUCAAAGUCCCCGGCGAUCGUCCUGAGAAUAAAGUUGAAAAAGAUUUGUUAAACCUCCAGUAUUACCGUAGCAAGAACAUCAGCAACAAAAAAAAAACAUAAUAAAAAAAAAAAACAAAAUUGAUUUGCAAAACGAAUGGCAAAUUUGUGAUCUUUAUUCUCAGUAAAACUAGAGCUUGUUUAACCAGAGCUUAAUCAUUAUCGCCGUUAAGAAUUGAUUGUCCGCCCUCGGCGCGUGCGCGCACGCGUGCAACUUCUCAUCGUUAUAUUUAUUCCACAAACGGCCGAAAGAGAGAGCGUGCUAAAAUUUCAAAGAAAAAAUAAAAAAGACCGCUGCGAUCGAGGGAUCCGGCGAAUGCAUUUUCAUUGCCGAUUUACGACUCUUCUCCUUUUUUCUUCCUCUAAGACAAGUUUGUGAUAGUAUAAGUUUAGUACGAACACAUGUUAUUGAUUAUAGGUGUUAAGAGUUUUUAAUAAUUGAGUAUGUUUUCAAGACAGUACUGUUUAAGACAUGAAACACUUGAAUAUGCCUCGAUCGCGUCCUGAAUAAAGUAAUAAAAAUGAAAAAACAAAAGAAAACCGUUAAGAAAGAAAUCGAAGUGUCCGGACGAAGGAGCGAGAGUAGUGGGGGGGAGGAAUGAAAAAACGCGGAAAAUUUUGGAUAUCAAAAUAGUCGUUAUCGAACGUCCACUUAGGCGCGUCUUCGAGGACCUUCGAAGAUUAUUCAAAGAAAUAAUAAAAGUGUCUGCGAAGCGUAUCAAAUAAACGCCUAUAUUGCAUAUGUACUAACGAAGGAUGUUAAAUGACAAUGAGACGAAAUAUUGAAACUGCAUUACUUUUUAUAUAGUUGUCGAGAUUUAAAAGAGGCUGAUUAAAAUUAGAUCGAAUAUCAAUGUAUUUCGCCAUUUGAUAUAUGAAACAGAAAAUGUGUGUUUUGUUCAUUAAAUACGGAACACUUGUAACCCUCGGUUCACAUGAAACAAAAAGAAAGAAAGAAGAAAAAAAAUAACAAAAGAACGUAAAGAAACAAACGAAAUAUAAAACAUGUAUACAUCAAAUUAUACAUAUUAAUGAUACAAGUAAAAGCGAAAUGAUGAGACAGUCCGUAACGUUUGUAAUUUAGGAUAACGAUAUAUAUCCUUUGCGUAUUUAAGAAAUCUCAUUCGGAGGAUGAAAACUAUCACAUGGCCUCUCUCACUAUAUUCCCCUUUGGACGUUCCCGGCGCCUCGCUCUUCUCUCACUCUCGAGGCGCAUAUCGCGACGGGAUUCAAUAGAAUAAUCCUUAUUAGCAUUUUUCUAUAACGAAUCAUCUCGACGGAAAAUUAUAGAAAAAAUAAAUACACACACACCCACACACAGAUUGAUGAAUAAAAAUUAUGUAGAAAGUA